AGUGUAAUUUCAAUUCGGCCAUCAGGCACUUGAUGCAGUUCAAGGCUUCAAGGGCACUAACCGCACAUAUGGAGCCAUGCCUACAGUCAGUAAUCCAAUCUGUUGAGACUAUUCCCCCUAAAUGUAACCCGCUGUCACCUGUUGAAAUUAAAAUAAUUGCACAGUUAGACACUAA